AUGAGUGAGGCUUCGCAGUGUCCCACGUGCCGCACGCCCAUGGGGAAGAAGCUCCAGCCCAGCCUUGUCGUGAGCUCCUUGCUGAACGAGCUGCACGUGCGCUGCAUGAACGUCGGCUGCUACUGGACCGGCCGCUACGACGAGCGGCAUGCGCAUGACGCCCGUUGCUCUAGAAACCUGCGACGCUGCCAGGACCUGAAAGUGCAACUGGAGCAGGCGUGCUGCAUCCUGCAGGCGAAGGACAAGGAAGUUUCCGAGCUCAAGGCGAUCGUGGAGAAGCUGAACGGCCAAAACAGCAAGUUUGAGGAGAAGGUGAAGUUGCAGCAACUGCAGCUGAAUGCGAAGCAAAGCAUGUUAGACUUCAAGCAUCAGGAAGCUGAUGACCUGAAGAGUCAACUCUCCCAAGUUAUGAAGCAGCGAAAUGCAAGUCAUUUUGGACUGCACUCGCUGUUUCCGCUCCUAUUCUUGUUAUUGUUCCUGGUGCAUCUUUGGGUGUUUUCGGACAUUUUGCCGGCAGUACUCGGCAUCCGGGAUUGCUUGCUAGCACCGCCAUAG